AGAACUCUCGUGCAUGGCCAGACAUGAAAUACGACAAAUAGAACGCUCGUUCAUCAGCGGGGACGCGGCCGAGCUUUAGUCUCUCCUUGCCUGGAACGACGUGGCACUGGUGUCGGGCUCCGACUUCCGACAUCCGAGGGAUUGCUGGACGGCGGCUCGGAUGGAGGGGGUCCGCCAAAGCUAUCGACGUUGCGCAACGCACGCUCAAUGAAGCUUCCUGCCCCGGUACGAGUUGCAGGAGUCCUCUCACCGGUCUGGGCCUGGGACAAGCUUUCACCUUGCUUGUUCUCGGCAUUCAGCAUCUUAACGGGCGUCGAGGCCCGAGAUUCCGUCACAGCUCUAUGCAGGCUGUCAAUUUGGCGCUGCAAGUCCACAAAAUGU